CCUCCUGUCAGGAAUAAAAAUACACUUCCGGUGACGUGGCUCCUCUGGAAAAGGGGAAGCCGUGGCAGGAAAGUUAGCUGCGGAAUCAGCUGGAGAGUGGAACAGCAGCGCUAGCCUACCUCACUGAGCUGGAUGGCAGGGACACACUGGUGGAAGAACUUCAGGAAUCACAACAGGGUGCUCUCUGGAACGAGGGACGGAUGAAAUCAAGAGGUGGUAGGCCCAGCUGGGCGUUGGCUGCACUGUUCACUGGUGCUGCCCUGCUGGUCAUCUCCUCCAGAGGGGCGUCCAGUGGGAAGAUGAUGUCCCAGGCAGCCAUGGCUCAUGCCACAGCCACAGCUGCUGGAUCAGGCCCAGGGCUUCCAGAUGAGUUCUUAGGCUUCCAGGCCUUAGCUGACUUCUUUGCAAGUGAACGUGCCGAUGUCUGGCUCUGCUCUCUGGUUGGGUCUGUUGCUGUAGGCCUCACUGGAAUUUUCCCCCUUCUUGUUAUUCCUAUUGAGGCAGGAGCGGCCCUCGAGACAGCGGCUGGCUGUCGGAAGCUAAAGCAGCUUCUGAGCUUUGCCAUUGGUGGUCUCUUGGGUGACGUGUUCCUCCACUUGCUCCCGGAGGCUUGGGCACAUUCCCACUCCUGCAGCCCAGACGAGAGCCAGCUCCACUACAGGACCCAGGGCCUGUGGGUUAUCAUGGGCAUGCUGUCCUUCCUUCUCCUGGAGAAGAUGUUCCCAGAUGAGAACAGUCAGGAGGACUCCAUUGGUAACAGCCAGCAUGUCCCUACUUCCCAUAGCUCAGACUCCAGUAGUGAGGUGUUGUCCCACAUCAAUGGGCACCAUUCUGAUACGUGGAGCUCGCCCUGCAAGACAAAAAGCAGCUUGCAGCAAGUGCCAAAGAAAAUAAAGACGAGUGGGUACCUGAACCUGCUGGCUAACUGCAUUGACAACUUCACCCAUGGCCUGGCUGUGGCAGGGAGCUUCCUGGUCAGCAGGAAGGUUGGGUGUCUCACCACCUUUGCCAUCCUGCUCCAUGAAAUCCCCCAUGAAGUGGGUGACUUUGCCAUCCUGCUGCGUGCAGGGUUUGACCGCUGGAGUGCUGCCCGCAUGCAGCUAUCCACAGCCCUGGGAGGGGUGCUGGGGGCCUGUUUUGCCCUGUGUGCCCAGUCUCCCAGAGGCACAGAAAAUGCAACAGCGUGGAUCUUACCAUUCUCCUCGGGAGGCUUCCUGUACAUAGCCCUGGUCAACGUGGUGCCUGACCUCCUGGAGGAGACCAGCCUCGGACACUCCCUGUUGCAGAUCCUGCUCCUGUGCUGUGGCAUUGCCGUCAUGGCCGUCUUGUCUGCCGUAGUGGAUUGAGCUCAAAAGACAAGCCUGCUUUACCAAAAUAUAAUUGAAAACAUCACCAACAUUCACUGGACUGGGACGCAAUCCCCCUUUCUAUAAAGUUAAGUCCUCAGAUUGCAUUCAGUUGCCCUUUUUAUUAUAUGGAACUUUUUUAUAUACUCCACCUAGUGCCAAAACAUCCUAUCAGCAUGGCCAUCAACAUGGAAGCGAUCUGACAAUCAGAACGGCACCUUGAAUCAUGAUAUCUGCUUUUUCAAUCAGGACUCUAGACCAACCGCGUCCACCUUGUCUGCUGAUCUCUGACUGUCUGUGUGGACACUGUGCCAAACCCAGACAGAGACAGACAUUUUGAAAUGGCAAGAGAGCUAAAGAAAGCUUAUUGAAGCUUUCAUGGAAGUGACUGGACUAUCUGAGAGCAUCAGACCAUAAUGGGCAGACACUCAGUCUCAUCCUGUUUUAUUGCACACAUGCACAUACUCAAACAGGUCAUAUCAGACACAUAUGAGCAGCUCAUGCAUACUGUACAAACUUAAUCUCACAUGGCUUUACCAUACUAAAAUGCGUACACAUUUCCUUACAUUCUUCAAAUUGUAUGCUCAUGUGCUGCUUUCUAUUUGUUUCUUUCAGGCUAAUUUAUAUUUAUUGUGUCUUAUUGGUUUCUGUAUCUGCUUGUACUGCCUAGUAUUUAUUGAAUUAUUUCAGAUAGUAACAUGGUGCAAUGUUUUUGUCAAAUUCUGUUGUGACUUCCAUCACGCACCAUUGCGUUUUCUGUAGGGUUAAUCUGUUACAUUGAUGUAUAUUCAAGCAAAAAGAGCAUGUAUUUUUCAAUUGCAUACAAUGCUAAUUUGUUAAGAGACACUCAGACAGAUAUAUUUGAAACUCCUUAAUUAUGAGAGCUUAAUUUCAGGAAAAUAUGAUUUAGAAAUGUUAUAAUAAUAUUAUACAAAAUAUUUUUGUGUGGUCUUGAUUUUACUAUAUAGUCCUUUCAGAAAGUAUUCACACCCCUUGACUUUCAUGUUUUUUACAAAGUGGGAUUGAAAACAUUUUUUUAAAUCAGCAAUCUACAAUACUCACGUCAGUUUAAAAAAAAUAAAAAAAAUAUUGGAAAAUCAGUCUUGAUUAGUUAAGUAUCCAACCCCCUGAGUCUGUUAAACACCUUUGGCAGCGAUUACAGCUGCUUUUCUGGGUAAGUCUAAGAGCUUUGCACACCUGGAUUGUACUAUAGUUGCCCAUUUUAUUAAAGAAAUUAAAUUUGGUUGUUGAUCAUUGCUAGACAGCCAUUUUCAAUUAGAUUUAAGUCAAAUGAAACUAGGCCACUUGGGAGCAGUCAAUGACAUCUUGGUAAGCAACUCGUAUAUAUUUGGUCUUGUGUUUAAGGUAAUUGUCCUGCUGGAAGGUGAAUUUCUCUCCCAGUGUUGGGAAGCUGAUGGAACCGAGUUUUCUUCUAGGAUUUUGUCUGUGCUUAGCUCUAUUUAGUUUAUUUUUAACCUAAACAACGUAUUCCUUGCUGAUGACAAGCGCACAACAUGAUGCAAUCAUGUUGAGAAUAAGAAGUGCUACACUGUUGUUGGACCCAAACAUAAUGCUUUGUAUUCAGGACAAAAAGUUCAUUUCUUUGCCACAUUUUUUUCAGUAUUACUUCAGUGCCCUUGAAAUAUUUGUUGUCUUUUCAGUCUUGUCAGUAUUGUGGAGUAACUAAAGUACAAUGUUGUUCCAUCCUCCAUUAAACUCUAUUUUAAAAUCGC